AAUUAAAGGACACAAUCUUCUCUCUCAUAGCUUCAGAGGACAAUUUCAACGCAAGAAGUGAACUAUCCCAUUAACCUCCCGCAAUUCGUUCCAACACUGAAUCUUUUGCAUCAAAUCUGUUUGAUUUCUGAAAGUUCCGAUCAUAUUCUAUUCGCAUUUCUGAGAAGAUCGACCAUGGAUUUGGGCUGCUCGAACGUAGACUCUGUUUCCGCGUCGGAAAAGCGAGCACGCGAAAUCACUGCUGUCAAUUCAGAGAGUAAGAAUGACGACUCCGGCGAGCCUGUUUCUGCGAGCUCGAAAAGUGGAAGGAGUAAAGUUUCGAAAGAGACAAACCAAUCAACAAUUCAUGGUCUUAACAAAUUUACAUCGCAAAUCAAGAAGCCUCCUCACCGCAAGGUUUCCCCUAUCAAUUGGUUCCCACGCAAGAAAGUGGACUCUUACUUGAAGAGGAAAAUCAAAAUGCUGCAGGAAGUAGAUGGCCUCAAUUUAACACUAGAUGAGACUCUGGGUGAUUCUAAUCCUCAUUACUCGAGAGUUUUGAAAGAAAAAAUGGCAGCAAGAGAGGCAGCACAUAAAGCGAUGGAAGCUCGAAAAGCAGCAUUGGUCGAAACCUCUUGGUGCAGAAUACUCCGAGCAGCUAGAAUUCAAUGUAAAGAAGCUGAAGGCCAGAUGUUUAGGGCUGAGAAAAUCGCAGCUGAAGCUUGCGAAGCAGCUGCAGCUAUGGGAGUGAUCAUGUAUGAUACACCCAAUUGUCCACAGAACAAAAUGGAAACGUUGUCUUCUGGUGGCGGUGGGUCUACAACUCACACCAUUACAGCAUCUUUUGAGACAGAAUUUGAGGUUGAUAAGGAAGUGGCUGCUGCAGUAAAAACAGCAUUGAUUAGGCUUGCGAACUGCUCUUCUUUAAGAGAAGAUGACUUUAAAGAACUUCUACGAAAAAUCUCACAGAACCCAGACAGUGAUAAUAAUGUAGACUCAUCCGAACAUUCUUCCGAAUGUGAAUCAGAGAACAGCUCGGAACUUGAUGACGCAUCUCGAAAGGAUGAUUUCAGCUCUAACAACUCGGAUUGCAAGAUGCUGGUUUUACAUAUGAGACAUAAAACUUCUGAGAAGGUAACAAACAUCGAGGACUUGAUGUAUGAAAGGCUUAGGCGUUUGAAAGAAGAUGAACUUUCCUCUCUUGCCACUAUAGUUGCAACUUGUGGUUUGAAUGCCGCCUUGGCUGAAGUAGAAAGUGGCAAGCUUCAUGAUCGAAGAACGUCGUCAGUUGGUUCUGGAAACUACUUAUCGAAUUCGCAUAAUGGGAGGAAGCAAGCCGAGUCAGGACUUCCAAGCCUGGACAAGUUCUUGGUAAAGCACACGAGUAAAUUGGAAAGAGAGGUGCUUGAAGCAAAGAAUAGCAGAAAGAACGAAGCGAAGGAAUUGACCUCAGAGAAUUCUGAAGUAACCAUGGAAGAGAAGAUCGACUUAGAUAAAGCUCCGUCACAAAAUCCUCCACCAUUGAGCAGUGUUCAGGAUGAGAAAGUUGUCCCCAACUUGGAAACUGUACUGACAAAGCCACCUUCAGAUCUUGAGAAGGAAGUUCAAGAGACCAAACGCAAGGGUGGAGAAGAAUUCAAAACUCGUAGCAACAAGUUGCAGGCAAGACAAACGUUUGUUAGUCAUAAAGAAGUUCCAGCAGUUCCCAGUCUUGAUAAGUAUCUUGUGAAACACGUCUCGCGGCUUGAAAAAGAAGUACAAGAAGCAAAAAAUAGAAGAAAAAUUGAGCUGCGUGAAGGAGGACAUCGGGAUAUGGACUUGAAGAAGAAAAGUUACAAGUCUGCUUCAGAAGAAUCAUCUCUUUCUGCUACAGAACCAGAGGAAAAGGAGAAUGUUAGUAUGCCAAAGUCUUCAUUCAAAAUGGGAAGGGACAUGGAAGAUAGCUUAGAUAAGAUCUUAGUGAAACCGGUGCACAGACUCGAAAGGGAAAAGAUGCUAGCCGUGUUAGCUGAAAGCAACUACGAUAAGCAAAGACAUAAUAAGAAACAGGUGGAUAAUCGCAGUACACCUAGUUGCCAAAGCUUGGACGAAAUUUUAGUAAAGCGUGUUUCAAAACUGGAGAAAGAGAAGAUGGGAUGCAUACCAGAGUACUUAAAGAGAAGUGAAAAAAAUAUGCAUUCAGUAACCAAUGGAGGAGCUGGUGGGGGUUUGGAUGAAAUUCUGGUUAAACACAGAACAAGACUCGAGAGGGAGAAGCUGAUGUCUUCUCAGGAAUCAGAAAAUCAGAACAAAAACUUUCUAUCCCGCCGUGAAGCAAGGGAGAGAGACCUACAGGCAGCCUGGGGAGGCUUGRGUUUGGGAGAUUCCAUGAAACCACAUCUCUCCAAACUUGAACGAGACAAGGCUGCCUGGAUCAAAGCUGAAGAGGAGGAAAGGAAGCAAGUUUUGAGCGAGGUCUAAUUUCCUUGACGUAAUCAACUGUACAUUACCUGCCCAGAUACACAAAUCAGUUGUUUUUACAUUCUGCCUUAAAUCACUGGAAGCCUUUAAGAUCUGUACCUGAAUAUUAUCUUCAGUUAUGAUAGCAGCGUUUUGCUAUUCUGCA